UUGUCAGCUAAGCCUCUGGAAUUGCGUGCGGCUGGAUAUAUCACGGUCCUUCUAACCAACAAUUUCUAUGCCGAUCGUGCACGCUGUCUACCAACAAUACCCGAAGGGUUUGGAAAUCAUUUUGAUCUCGUCGCUGAGUCAUGCAGACUUGGAAUGCGAAAACCAGACGUGGAUAUCUAUCAACAUGUUUGCCAGAAAAUGAAGGUAACACCAGCGGAGUGCGUCUUUCUGGAUGACCUUGAACCAAACGUGGUAGCGGCUAAAGAACUAGGCUUCAUAACCGUCAAAGUAGGGGCAGAUUUAGAUAUUCUGAACUUGUUUCUAGAAUGA